AUGUUUUCAAUGCAGAGUCAAAAUUCUACGCUAUCCAACAAUUGCUAUGUUUUGUGCGAUUUCUAAAAAAAUUUCAUAAAGACUUAACGUGCGUUUCCAUCUUCAAUACUUUGCGAAUAUAUAUUUUAAUCAGAAAAUUUAAUGCCCGUUUUUCGUUUGCUGCCGAAUUCUAUAUAAAGAUCAUCGCGUAUAGAAUUAUAAUUUUUCUGUGGCAGCUCUUUACGCGUCAUGUGAUAAUUAGUAAUUAUAUUCGAUCAGUUCCCUUCGCUGGAAUAUCUUUUUUCUCUCAAAUUAAGUUAAAAGUAAAAUAAAAAAUGGUUGACUCUUAUGUAGCGCCUUUGGUUAUCACUUGUAUUUGGGCCUUUGUAGGCAUAAUUUGUCCCUUCUUUGCUCGUGGACCCAGCAAAGGAGUUACUCAAUGCUGUUUGAUGUUAACUGCAGCUACUUGUUGGCUUUUUUGGCUUUGUUGCUACAUGACUCAAAUGAAUCCUUUGAUCGGCCCUAAACUAAGUCGUAAUGAAAUCAUGAUCAUUGCCAAGGAGUGGGGUCACGAGAUAAAAAAUGUUAUAGAUAGUAUGCAUUAACAUGCACCUCCUUAUAACUACAAAAAUAUAUAAAAUUUUUUCUCCUGUAAAUAAAUAUCAGAUAAGAAUACUAACAGGUA